UUCAAUAUAUCCCUCAAACCUUCAUCAAACACAACCUACACACUACCAAAAUGAAGCUCAUUAUGGCACUUCUACCACUCUCAUUCCUCGUCAUUGCCUCACUCACCGGAGCCGACUCCGCCUCCGCUCCCUCUCCGGUGCUCGACGUCACCGGCAAGAUACUCCGGACCGGCGUCGACUACUACAUAUUGCCGGUUUUCCGUGGCAGGGGCGGCGGACUAACCCUAGCCAGCACCGGAAACGAGACGUGCCCACUUGACGUGGUCCAGGAACAGCAAGAAGUGGACAAUGGCCUCCCAUUGACCUUCACGCCGGUGAACCCCAAGAAAGGCGUUGUGCGUGUGUCCACCGACCUCAACAUCAAGUUCUCUGCGUCCUCAAUCUGUGUCCAAACCACUCUGUGGAAGCUCGACAACUAUGACGAAUCUACAGGGCAGUACUUCGUGACCACCGGUGGGGUUGAAGGCAACCCCGGUCGCGAAACGUUGAGCAACUGGUUCAAGAUUGAGGUGUAUGGAGAUGAUUACAAGCUUGUUUUCUGUCCCACUGUGUGCGAUACCUGCAAAGUUAUAUGCAGAGAUGUGGGUAUUUUUAUUGAGAAUGGAAUCAGGCGUUUGGCUCUCAGUGAUGUGCCUUUCAAGGUUAUGUUCAAGAAGGCCUAAAAGAUGUAAAAAUGGUAACUGAUAUUAUUAUACUGGUGGUUCUAAUAAGGGAUUAAUUGUAAUUUUCUUAUGAUAUUUCAAUAAAGGCUGCAAAUAUAUAUAUAUAUA